AUGUUCAUAUCGACGGCUCAUACGUACUUACUCAACUUCUGUAGCCACAAACAAGAUUUUGAAGUCUCAGCUAUCACAAUGCCGUACGAAUUGCAUCGUAGCGCAAUAAUCACGGGCACCUUGAACUGUUUCUGUCUGGCGUGCGACCGUUUCCUAGAGAACAGGGAAGAAGCCCUCUGUCACAUCAAAACCUCCUCGCAUUGUGAGAGUCUCAGCGCGGUGCCUUAUUUAGAGAAGUUUAAGGAUCAGUACUUUAGAAAGUUUAAUGCCGGAUAUUACUGUGAAUUAUGCAAUAAAUUGAUGGCUAGCGCUGUCCAACUAAAACUACACGAGGCUGAAGACCAUCAUAAACAAAAGAAAGGGACCAAUUUACUAAAAUCCAUGGAUGGUGGAGUUGUUGCAUUUAAUAAUAUAAUUAUUAAAGAGCGCGCUUGGCAUGGUCUAAUGGACAAAGUCUGCUAUAUUUGUGAGAUUGAAUUUGAAAACGAAGAUCUUCAUAAAUCAGACACUUCGCACGCUCUAAGUUUGAUACAGGGAACAGUUAAAUUUGGAGCGAACGACGACAUCUAUCGACAAAUUAACAAUUCAACUGUUCAAUGCCUCACAUGUAACAUCUUACUAGAUUCAAGUUCGAUGAACAAACAUUCCGAUGACGGUGAACACAUUAAUCUUUAUAAAAUGUGUAAAAUUGAGGAAUACAAAGAAUUGAAAGAUGAGAAAGACAUCAAUGAGGAUUUUUCACAAACAACAAACUUAUCCAAUAAUACCGAUAGCAAGGAUAAUAAAAAGCAAAACAGUUCUUGUAAUAAAGAACGUGGCACGUCUUUAAUAACACACCGUGAAGUAACAUUACAAUGCAGCAACAUUGACAUAAAUUACGAGACAGAAGUUGCUUUUUGCAGAAAGUGCCGGGUACACAUUAAAUUUGACUAUAACGACAUUGUAAACCAUAUUGAAGAACAUUCCAACCUUAAACGGUCAACUUCACCUGUUGCACUGUACCCAGCGAACGUUAGUGGAACCAAAUAUUGUACUAAACCUAAACAAAAUGAAAUAAAUGUAGAAAAUAUUAACUCUGCUCCUAAAAAUAAUUGUGUAAACCAAGAAAUCAAUAACGAACGUAACUCUAUUGAAGUACGUGACUUCGCGAAGGAUAAUGAUAUUACUUACAAUUUAAACGGUGGCAAAGCAUUUUGUCAAACCUGUAAAGUUGAAAUGCCAUUUUCUUUAAAAUCUAUGAAAGAACAUGUAAGAGGUCUGCCACAUAACAGAAAUCUUAAAGCAAAGAAAGCAAAAGUAAAAAACUCUCAAAGCAAGCAGGUUGUAACAAAAUAUAUACGUUCCCUUGCAGUCGUGAAAUCACCCUUUGCUAAUGGUUACAUGAUUAAUGAGACAGUGUUAAUAAGUCAAUCCAGCUUCUUAUUAUUUCAACAUAAAAAAGGUGAUACAUAUAUUGAAUGCUUGUUGUGCGAGAAUAUCGUGAGUCAAGAUACUUUAAAUACACAUGUCAAAACAUGUUCAGUGCCAUCUGGAAAAAAAUUGCAAGUUAUCCUAACUGAUGAACUUGAAUUUAUUAGAGAGAUUCGACCAGAGUCAUUCCACUGUGGACACUGCAAUGUAAUCAUAUCUGGUUGGAGCGAGAUGGAAAGUCAUCUUCAGGGUCGCGAUCAUGACCGACUAAAAUUCAAUUCAAGACUUUGCCAUGGUGUUUUGUGUGGAAUGCUGCCACUGCACGCUCUUCUGUUGUUGGAAGAUGAAUAA